AUGUCUUCAGCUCCUCCACCUACCACGUCCCUUGACCCGGAUUGGGCUAAGGAGAGCAAUACCGCCAUGAUUGUCGGUGUAACUGGCGGCUUCCACGCCCUUGCUCUGCUUUUCAUUGGCCUCCGCGUGUACACCCGUGCCGCCGUCGUCAAGCUUAUGGGGAGAGACGACUACGUCGCCAUUGCAUCUGUGGUACGUCUGCUUAUGUUCGAUUUUGGAUCCUAA